AUGGAAGGGCCACCCUCGAGCAGUUACAAAGGGGCCGAACGAGGCCGCGGCGAGAGGCGAGGCUCGGUGGUUCCUCGGGGCGGGGGCACCGAUACGCGGCCCCGGCCCCUCGAACGGACCGGACGGGGACGUGGGACCAUGGAGGCGCCCGCGGCGGCGGCGGCCGUCACGGGGAAGACAACCGUCCCUCCUCGCUACCAGAUGUUUCUCCUUCUGGCAGCCACGGGGCUGGUCCCAGGGGCCGCGGGUUUGCAGUGUUUCUGCCACCUCUGUAUUAAAGAAAAUUACACAUGUGUGACAGAUGGACUUUGCUUUGUUGCUGCAACGCAAAGUGCAGAUAAAGUUGUAUACAAUAGCAUGUGUAUACCAGAAGCUGAUUUAGUUCCUCGAGAUAGGCCAUUUAUAUGUGCCCCCUCUUUAAAAGAUGGGUUUUUGAUGUCACCUUUCUGUUGUGCCAAAGAUCACUGCAAUAAAAUAGAAUUCCCAACAGGUACCCCAGUGAAACCAUCUCCUAAUCUUGGCCCUGUGGAAUUGGCAGCUGUUAUUGCUGGACCUGUCUGCCUUGUCUGUAUUUCAUUGAUGUUGAUGAUCUAUAUUUGCCACAAUCGUACUGUUAUACAUCAUCGUGUUCCAAAUGAAGAAGAUCCCUCUUUGGAUCGUCCUUUUAUUUCAGAGGGUACAACAUUAAAGGACCUAAUUUAUGACAUGACAACAUCUGGAUCUGGGUCAGGGUUGCCAUUACUUGUUCAAAGAACUAUUGCAAGAACUAUCGUAUUACAAGAAAGCAUAGGGAAAGGUCGAUUUGGAGAAGUCUGGAGAGGAAAAUGGAGAGGAGAGGAAGUUGCAGUCAAAAUAUUUUCCUCAAGAGAAGAACGUUCUUGGUUCCGUGAGGCAGAGAUUUAUCAAACUGUAAUGUUACGUCAUGAAAAUAUUCUGGGAUUUAUAGCAGCUGACAAUAAAGACAAUGGUACGUGGACUCAGCUGUGGUUGGUUUCAGAUUAUCAUGAGCAUGGGUCCCUUUUUGAUUACUUAAACAGAUACACAGUUACUGUGGAAGGAAUGAUCAAACUAGCUUUAUCCACUGCUAGUGGACUUGCACAUCUUCACAUGGAGAUUGUGGGCACUCAAGGCAAACCAGCAAUUGCUCAUAGAGAUCUGAAAUCAAAGAAUAUUUUAGUAAAGAAGAAUGGAACGUGCUGUAUUGCAGACUUAGGACUUGCAGUAAGACAUGAUUCAGCCACAGACACAAUUGAUAUCGCUCCAAACCACAGAGUUGGAACAAAAAGGUACAUGGCCCCUGAGGUUCUAGAUGAUUCCAUAAACAUGAAACACUUUGAAUCAUUCAAACGUGCUGACAUCUAUGCAAUGGGAUUAGUUUUCUGGGAAAUAGCUCGAAGAUGUUCAAUUGGUGGAAUUCACGAAGACUACCAGCUGCCUUAUUAUGAUCUUGUACCUUCUGAUCCAUCAGUAGAAGAAAUGCGGAAAGUUGUUUGUGAACAGAAGUUACGGCCAAAUAUUCCAAAUCGAUGGCAGAGUUGUGAAGCCUUGAGAGUGAUGGCCAAAAUUAUGCGAGAAUGUUGGUAUGCCAAUGGAGCGGCUAGGCUUACAGCUUUACGUAUUAAGAAGACAUUAUCACAGCUCAGUCAACAAGAGGGCAUAAAAAUGUAAUUCCACAUUUCAGCUGAGUAACACUUUAGAUCCAUAUCAAUUCCUGGGUUUUCAUUUGGAAGGUCAGUUGUUCUACCUCAUUGAGAGGGAACAAAAGGACAUUGCCUCCUUUGAAACAUGGAAGUAACAGUGGAUUACUGACCGCCAGGAUUACAAUAGCCCUGAGAAACAACUGUGUGGCUUCUUUCUGUGCACUACGAACACCUCUUCCUGGGACAGUUAAAAAGAAGUUGUGUAGUCGCUUUAUUUUUAUUAACAUGAAAGUUGUUUUUUAAAAGUUGAUUGUCAGUCUUUAGUUAACUCUGCUAAAGAUUUAUCUUUUAAAAAAGGG